GAGAGCGGAUAAAUAGCAAACAAGCGACAACGCAUUUGAUAGCAUGCAGGUCAUUGAUCGAGUCUCCGUAUCCAGAUUACAGCCUCGAACUACGUCGGAUUAGAUUCAGGUCCCACGAACCGCAGGGAAAGUAAACAAAAACUUGUACUCCAAAUUUGAUUCAUCCAAGGCAUAAGAGUCACGCUGAGGACUCGUUACCAUCUACUUGAGAGCAGCGAGCUGUCUAUUUCGAUCCCCCGACCAAGAUAUUCAAUUCAAUAGCUAGUGCUGUCUACGAUAAUCUUCACUUGAGAGCCCAAUUAGACCGAACAGCUUUGUAUGGGUUUCUAAAGUAGUGCUGAAGGACGCUCUAAUAGGUCUCGAUCUGCUCUGUACAUUUGCGUCGAUUGACUGGGAGCUCACUUCGGUCUUUACCAGAAACCCUUCAAGUAAAUUGUGUGCACCGACAAAUGAGUACUUGGGAUGAAAAGCAGAAUAGGAAGAUAAGAAGACUUGAUGAUACCCGCUGAUGGUCAGAUAGCAAGUAUUAGAUGUAUAUCUUGAAACGACUCUCACAGCUCUUCCAAAGACGUCAGUCGAAACCAAGAGCAUACUUGGGCAUUGUGGAAGCUGCACCAUGAUAGCUGCAUCUAGUGAAAACACACCACGAAUCUUCCGUGAUGCAAAACGUUGAAGCUGGAGACUGUAAAUGUACUUGUCAUUUCGGGAAAGUCCACUGGAACCUCCUCGAGAACUUCUGUGCCCUUUAAAAGAGAAGCGCACCAAGCGGCCGCAAUCCAUCCUCGUCCCCCGCAUCCCCAUAAUAAUUUCCAUGUCUAACUUAUGAACUUUCCUCCCCUUGAAUCCUCAAUUCGCAUUCACAGUUCACAAUUCGCAAUCCCCAAUUCUCCCUUCUCCCCCAAUCGCACAACUAUAUAUAUACAAAUCAACCAUGGGCAAAAACAAAAGACUCAAGUCCUCCUCCAAAAAAAUCAAAGGAGGCCGCGGACCCGGAAAACCCAAGCCCAGCGGAAUCAGCAAACCCAGCUCCAAGACCCAAAAACCCUCCUCUGGCAUGCCCACGAAAAAACACAAACAAACACACCAUAAUAUCCCUAUAAUCCCAUUUUCCCCUCGCGAUUCCAUCCUGCUAAUUGGCGAUGGGGAUCUCUCAUUUGCGCGCUCCUUGAUCGCCCAUCACGAAGUAAAGAAAUUAACUGCUACGGUCUUCGAAUCUUCCCUGCAGAUACUACAGGAGAAAUAUCCGCAAGUGGGAGAAAACAUAAAGGAGAUUGAAGAGGGAGGAGGAAUUGUAAAAUAUGGGGUUGAUGCGACGAAGAUGCGGGCGUGGACGACUGCGAAAGGAGGGAGGGGAGAUGGCGUUAUGGAUCGGAUUUUUUUUAAUUUUCCGCAUGUGGGUGGGAAGAGUACGGAUGUGAAUCGCCAGGUUAGAUAUAAUCAAGAGCUCCUCACAUCUUUUCUAGCCCGCGCAAUCCCCUCUCUCUCUCCUACCAAAGGCUCUUCUAUAAUUAUCACUCUCUUUGAAGGCGAACCCUACACAUUGUGGAAUAUACGCGAUUUAGGUCGACAUGCGGGAUUGGAAGUGGAGCGGAGUUUUAAGUUUCAGGCGUCAGCGUAUCCGGGGUAUAAACAUGCGCGGACGUUGGGGGUUGUGAAGGGGGGAGGAGGCUGGAAGGGAGAGGAGAGGAGUAGUAGAAGUUUUGUUUUUGUGAGAAAGGGGGAGGGGGUGAAACAGGGGGUUGGGAAGAAGAAGAAAGAGGAGAGUAGUGAUGAUGAGAGUGAGGUGGAGGGAGAAGGCGAAGAUGAGGAUAUGAAUGAAGAUUUUGAGGCGGAUGAUGGGGAGUUUGAGCAGAGGAGGGGUGAAAGGGAUGACGAUAGUGGAUCGGAUGAUGGUCAAGAUGAGGAGGAUGAAUUUAAUGGUGUUAGCGGGGACGAAGAUGAACCUCUAAACCAAGAUUGGACCGAGACGAGAUGAAACAGCACCAACAACCUGAGGGAAGAAUAAGUCCAGGCGACAACCAAAAGAUCAUGAAAAGACAAUACUCUUUCAUCCGAUCGGCGAAAACA